AUGGCGGAUUUGCAUGCUUUAAGAACGAUACUACAUUCGAAAAGUAUCGAUGCCAAGACUAUCAAACCAUAUACCGGCUUUCACUACAACUCGAAAGGUGAUUUCAUUUUAUCAACACCAUCACUUGAAUCAUAUCGUGUUAAUAAUGAUCCAAUGUAUCGAUAUGAAGGUGGUAUGCAUAAAACUCUUCCUAGCGAAUUGGAUAAUCGUAUUUUAUCAUAUAAUGCACUUGAACUUCGCCGUUAUCAGUCUCUCCGAAUGAAACAACCGGAUUCACGUUAUGUAACUCGUAUUUUUGAAGAACGAUUUGGUCAAGCUUCUACACCACGUUCUGAACCGAAACGAACAAUUCGAGUUAAUAAAGCACCUGGCUAUCGAUUACUUUUAGAUCGAAUUGCAAAUCAAGAUCAAACUAUGGUUUCACAACGUUUUAAUAAAUUAAGUCCAUUCGUUACAGAAUUCGGAAAUAAUCCUAAUGCCGAUCCUGUUCUUCGAUCACUUGCUGCAACUUAA